AGAGGUUGGAGUAGGAACUUCUGAAGGAGGCGCAGGCUUUCCUCUUUUUCAAACCGACCCCUCCAGCGCAGUGCCAUUUACUCCUGAGUAAACGCCUUCAGGAGGGCCCUGCGCGGGGGUCCGAGCGUUUCCCCAGGUUGCUGUUUUCGACCUAGAAAUGUGGUCUGAAAAAACCAUUUUGUCUUGUUCUUGACAUAAGCAUCGUGAUGUGGAUUGAAUAAAUCAAAGGAACUGUUAUUUUGAAAAAGAAAAUGCCAAAGAAAAAGAAAAAUCUUGGAGUGAGCCCAUCAAGAAAGAAUAUAAAUUCAGAGACAGUUGCUGCUACUGUUGCUGACUCAGCCUCCUCGCCAGCUGAUCCAGCUAUGUCACAAUUAUCCCAUGGGAUCAAUAAAGAAAAACUCAUCAGCAGGCUUUCAGAAAUGUUCUCUGACUUGGAUCCUACUGUCAUUUACAUGAUGCUGUCUGAAUGUGAUUUCAGAGUGGAUGACACUAUGGAUUAUCUACUAGAAUUGUCCACAGCUGCUAAGGAUACAACAUCUUCAUCAAAAGUCUCAGGUUUUGAUUCCCUGUCUGCAUUGCUAGUUGGUGAAAAUGACUCAACCUCUAGUACUUAUGAACUUGAGGGUAACAAUACUACUGCAGUUGCAAAGUCUGGUGAAGAAUCACAGCAGCCGUUGUCAUCUGAAGAACUGGCUUUCUUCAUAGAUAAUUCUUUUGAGAAAUACAGUCUACAGAGUGAAGCAAAGGAAUCAGAAAAGGAUAAUCUCUUAGAUAGCCUGACUCUGGCUUGGGACCACAGUAAUUCCGAUUGUACUGAAUUAUGUGUAAAAUCCAGUUUGCUUUCUUCACAACAAAUGGAAACAGAUGGAAAAGAAAUAGAAAACUGCUUCACUCCAUUGAAACCAAGUUACUAUGAAGCAUCUGAGUUGGCUUCCACAUCGGAGAUUCAGAAGGAUAUUUUUGCACAAAUCCCUGAGAAUUCUAAUUUGCCAGAAGUUGUACUUGACAGUGGUGCAGUUUCAGAGAUCAUUACAUUAGCCAACGAGGCAGUGUCUUAUAUUGAUCCAAGUCAAAUACAAAAUGUUUUACUUGACCUUACAACAGUAAGGACCAUGACUGCUCAACACUGUCAGGGUUUUGCGAAAAUAGAGACAAAUGUGUUUCAUAAUUCUCAUUCUUCUUCACAGGACACUGAAGAACAAGAAAAUGUAGUGGCUGUACGUAAUAAUCUUAAAAAAUCUUCAGUUCCUGACCUAUGUGCCGAAUCUAGUUUUAAAUUAGCACCUUUUACAAAUGUUGAUUCUUCUCAGCAGAUGUGGAAUUCACAAUUUUCUCAGUUUCAGAAACAUUCUCAGGAGCUUACUUUUUAUCCAGCUUUCGAUUCACAAUGUACAAAUCACAGUUUUGUGACUCCUAUUGCAAUCAGCCCUGGGAAGUGGAGACCUGCUUCAGACUGUAGGAGUCUUGGAAAGACAUUUUCCUCUCCAGCAGUUUCAAAGACCUGGGAGAACAUCUCUUCUCUACCAAAGAGAUGGGGAUAUAAAGAUGGGCGACAAAGAAAUAAUUUUUCUCAAGUACAUCAGUUGCCUGGUGGUCACAUAAUGAACAGAAAGACUUUUACAGGUCACGUGCUUGUUCUUCUUCGAGGGCUUCCGGGAUCAGGCAAAUCAUAUUUGGCAAGGGCUUUGCUUGAGGAUAACCCUUGUGGGAUCACUCUUAGCACAGAUGACUAUUUUUAUCAAAAGAACGGGCAGUACCAGUUUGAUGCUGAUUGUUUAGCAGAAGCACAUGAGUGGAAUUGGAAACGUGCCAAAGAAGCAUUUCAGAAGAGGAUCACUCCUAUAAUCAUAGACAACACAAAUACGCAGGCUUGGGAAAUGAAGCCUUAUAUUGCUUUGUCACAGCAACACAAAUACAAAGUUAUAUUUCGUGAACCAGAUACAUGGUGGAAGUUUAAACCAAAAGAAUUGGAAAGGCGAAAUAUUCAUGGUGUAUCUAAAGAAAAGAUCAAAAGAAUGUUGGAACGAUAUGAACAUUGCCUGACUGUUAAUUCAAUUUUGAAUUCUUCAAUCUCAGAUGAAAUGAAGAAGAGUGCAACCUGUGGUGAAGCUCUUCAUCAGGAGAAAAGACAGGGGAAAGAAGAACAGGAAGAACAUUUUGCUUCCUCUUUGAAAUGUGUAGAAUUAAAUACAGAUGAAAAAACUGCUUUAGAAAAAGCUAUGGUGGAAAAUCAGAACCUUCAAAAUGGAAAGAGAAGAGUUGGGCAUGAUUUACAAGAAUGCAAUUCUGAAUGUAGUAUCCCUUUAGAUUGCUUGGACACUUAUAGUUUACCAAGAGGAGACAAAAUGUAUUCCAUUCUUGAAACAGACUUAAGACCAGUCUCAGAUUCCAGUGCCAGUGAAAAUAUUCUGUUGUGCAAUAACAGUGAUGUGAAAACUCAGGUUGAAACAACUGUAUGUUAUGAAAUAACAGAGACAGAAUUAACAGAAACAGAAAAUAAAGAUGGAGAUUUAAAUUCUGGGAACUCAGUAAAACCUGAGAUGUUAAAUUUUGUGGGAGACUGGCCAGUAGAACAAACUAUGGGGCAAAGGGUGAAAAAAAUUAAAAGAUUAGAAAAACGUUUAAGAAGGGACAAAGAGGAUUUAAGUAUGCAAACAUCUACUCUUGAUUCAUUAAAGAUUCCAGGUGAAGAUAAACAAUUGGAUCUAAUUGAUAUUUAUCAGGAGCUGCCACUUUCUGAAGAUAAGUGUGAAGUGCCUGAUAUUAAUACAGAAGUCAAUACAUCAGGAUGGCUGAUGGUAGGAGACUGGCCUAUCCAAACCUUAGAGCAAAGACAACACAAAAUGAAAAGAAUAACCAAGCAAGGCUUUAGUGAGUCAGGCAGUUUAAGAAAUAGUCAGCAUGAUGUCAGCAAUGAUGGUGUGAAUGCAGUGUCUCUGCUGCGUGGAACAUCUGCAGAUGUUGAAGAGCAGUCAAAGGAGGAACGUUUUCAAGGAUCUGAAAUCUCAGCUUCUGAACCUGUGAGUGAGAAAAAGCCUGUACUGAAUAAAAGAAUGCGUAAGCAUCAUAAAUUAGCCUUAACGUUUACCAAUAAUUCAGCCCUUAACAAACCAGGGGAACCAUUGUCUCUGUGCAAUUUGAUGGAAGAAAAACCUAAUGAAUGUGUUGCGUCCGAGGCUACCAAAUAUUCACAGACAGAACCAGGAGAUUUUGCACUUCUGUGGAGGCUUGAAAGAGAAAUUAUUUUUUCGGAGGAUACAAAAGUACUACAUGGCAGACUAGAUGGAUUUGUACCAAAAAGCAUUGAAACUAUUUCAGAUUGUCCAGAAAAAAUACCCUAUAAAGUAACCUAUGAGAGAAGCACAUAUGUAGAAGAAAGUGAACUUGUUAGUAUUGAUGAAUCUGAGAACCUAAAUAUUUUGUGUAAACUCUUUGGGUCUCUUUCAUUUGAUGCAAUAAAAGAUUUGUAUGAAAGAUGUAACCGAGACAUCGAUUGGGCUACAGGGAUCCUGUUAGAUUCUGCUGAGAAGUUGUGCAAAGACGAUGACGUUGAAUGCUUGCAGGAAGCAGGAGCUCAGCUACCUGACAUGUCUCUUCUUUCUAAGAGAAAUGCUACAUAUGAAGACAGACUUGCAGACUCUGUGGCAGUCACUCAGGAAACUCUGUUUUCUAGAAUUAUUCACAAAUCAGAAAUAACAAAAGUCCCAGUUGAUGAUGACACUGAAAACAUUUCUGACUCUUCUGCAGGAAAUUGUGUGAAUUCUUCAGGAGAAAAAAUUAAUCAGUUACUUGCUGCAAGAGAAUAUGUAGACAAAUCAGAUAAUGAGAUAGAUACUUUGAACAUGCAAACAAAAAAGAGAAAUUCUGUUACACUAUCAGAGAAUGAGCAGCAGAGCAUAUCUUCAGUUAAUGGAAUGGAUUUAGCUAUUCCUGUGACUGUACCUGAUGAAGUUGCAGGCCCUGCUGGUUUGGAAUCUACCUGUGAUGUAGAAAAAAACAAGCCUCCAGCAAACCUUCAGGAAGGCUCAUUUGCAGAAGAGACAUCUGAUUUGAAACUAAAGGAAGACCCUAAAAGCCACAAAGGGAAAUUUGAGCAGUACAAAAAAAUGGAUUGUAAGCCAGUCUUUUCAGUUCCAACACAAAGAGAAAAGAAAAUGUCUAAUCAAGAUUAUGGUACAAUCAAGUUGCAGAACUCCAUAUCCCAAUCAAAAUCUGUAAGCAUAGAUUGUCUCGAACUGGUCUUACCGCCAGAAUUAGCCAUGCAGUUAAGUGAAAUAUUUGGACCUGUUGGAGUUGAUACAGGAUCACUAACUCCUGAUGACUAUGUGGUUCAUAUUGAUCUGAAUUUGGCCAGAGAAAUUCAUGAGAAAUGGAAAGCAUCGAUUAUGAAGCGUCAGAGGAGAGAAGAGGAAUUGCACAGACUCCUUGAAGAAAGUCCCAUGCUAUUUGAGCAGCUGCAUCCAGGCAAACUGGAUGACAUGCUCUCUCAAUAUGCUGACUGUCAAAGGCAAGAGAAUGAAAGGCGACAUACAGCUGUACCGGCUGAAAAAUCAGCAGCUUCUGAAGUUUUUCCUUUCAUGGAUCAUUGGAAUGUCCAGACUCAGAAAGUAUCACUUCGGGAGAUAAUGCGUGAAGAAAUAGCUUUGCAAGAAAAGUUAACUGUGAAACCUUUUCCUUUCAUUGCUAGAAAAGACUGUGCUGCUAAACUGAAGGAAAAACAACUUUUGGAGCUAUUCCCAGCCAUUAACCCAAACUUUUUGAUGGAUAUCUUCAAGGAUUACAAUUAUUCUUUGGAACAAACUGUCCAGUUUCUCAAUAGCGUUCUAGAGGCAGAUCCCAUAAAAACAGUUAUAGCUAAAGAACCUGCUCAGGGCGCCACCCUUUCUCCUGGCAGCGCUUCAAAGACCCAAGAGAAGAAGGCUAGGAAGUCCAAAGAACUGGACGAUAUUCUCAAUGAGAAGGGAUUCCAAGACUUUGAAUAUCCAGGAUAUGACGACUUCAGGGCGGAGGCCUUUCUUCACCAACAGCGCAGGCAAGAGUGUCUGAGAAAAGCUGGAGAAGCAUACCGCAUGGGGAUGAAGCCAGUAGCAGCGUUUUAUGUACAGCAGGGUCAGCUUCAUGAGCAGAAGAUGAAAGAAGCAAAUCAUGAUGCAGCACAGCAAAUCUUUGAGAAAGUAAAUGCCUCAAAACUGCCUGACAACCUUUUGGACCUGCACGGUCUUCAUGUGGAUGAAGCUUUGGGUCAUCUGUGCAGAGUCCUGCAGGAGAAAACCAAAGAGCGCAGCCUAGCAGGUGGUAAGCCAUAUCUCUACGUGAUCACAGGAAGGGGAAACCAUAGCCAGGGAGGAGUCGCUCGUAUCAAACCAGCAGUUAUGAAAUACCUCACCAGCCGCAAGUUCAGGUUCACAGAAAUAAAGCCGGGCUAUUUGAAAGUCUUGCUGGAAUAAAAGAGUGUCACCAAGAAGAUUGCAAAAGCUGAUGUUAGUGAAGUAGAAAUGGCUUCACAUUUUAAUGGGAUAAAUGUGUUACUGUCAAGAAUGAUGUUUCAUUGGAAAGGGUUUAACAUUUAGCAGGUGUUUUUGUCAAUGUGUUUUCCCCACCAAAUCUAAAUGGUGUGUGUACGUAUGUUUUAAUGGAAAGUACUUUUAUAAGCCUUCUGCUUAUCAAGAAGUGCACCUGAUAACUAUUUUCUGAACAAGAAAUAAAUUUUCAAAGGGAAGCAAAGGUUCCAAUCUGAAACAUUCUGCCCUUUUCAGAUUUAACAAAUAUCCAUAAAUGCCUUGAAUACUGUGCUUUUUAAAGUGGUCUCUAUUACCUUUUAAAAUAACUCUUGAAAUUAUGGCUGAGGUUAUAUCAGAUCCUUUGAAGGAUUCUACACGGUUUCAAGUCAUAAGAGCUAACAAUUAUUUGCAUCCUGUGUAUUUUUCAUAAGAACCCUUUGCCCUCUUCCAAAAGGAAGAAUAAAAUUAAGCUACAUUUGUUUUCAGUGCAGAAAAAUAUAAUAGCUGUAUCUCAGCUUUUCAGCUUUUUUUUCUUCCUAUUUUUUCUCUAAUACAUUGAAGAGUUGACAGUACUGUCUGAUGGGACAGUAAAAUUUUGUUGUGAAAGAAGGGUAGCCGAUUCACGUAGAGAUUUGAUCUUUACUGCUUAUUUUUAUAACUGUCAUUUGCUAGAAUCAGUGGCCUUCUAAAAGGACCCUGUUACUGCAACUCUAAUUUCACUACUCUGUGAGCUAUUGAUACUCAGACACAACUCAAGAUGAGCAGGGGGUCGACUGAGUCUGUCAAUAUUAGGAACUCCCAUAAGCGCAAUAAGGACUGAACCAAGAAUAUGGAAGUGUAUGUUCAGAUACACCUUUGCAUUGUGACUGCUAGAUGUGUGAGUGAGCCUCUGGACUGGAAUGGUUAUUUCCAACGCUUCUGAAAAAGAAAUAUAUGGAAACCCCAUAUUCUCCAUUCUAAGUCCAUAAAAACGAUACAUGUCCUAUUAAAGAAAACACCAGCAUAGGCUAUAUGACAGCAUAUGAAAGAUUACCAGCUCUGGGCACGUACACAUCGUUACGUGUGACACAAGUAGAAGAAUUCCUCUGUGGCAGCUAUUCCCAUUAUUCUGCAUCAGCUGAACUGUUCCUUGUCAUUCUGCCAUGAAUUUACACCAGUCUUGUUCAAAUUAGGAUCUGGGAAGCCAAAACACUGUAGUGCAUCUAUGCAGGUCUCGGUGGUAUCACUGGGACCUGAUUUUAAAAUCUUUUCUUAGACUUGAUGUACAUGUAGUGUGUUUUUUAAAAAAUGGGUGAAAUCAUUGUAGGGAAUAUGUGACUAUUAAUGGUAUUUUUAAAACACAUUUUUGAACAGGAAAACAUAGGAUGAUGCCAGAACUAAAUUUCUGCUAUGGUAUUCAGUUCCUCUCUACCAAACAAAUUAAUACAUACAGAAAUAUUUUUAAAUUUAUUAUUUUCUUGAGGAAAACUGAAUGUACAAUUAUAUGUUCCUUCUUUCAAAAUAGAGCAAUUUUCUUUAAAAUAGUUUUCUCUUUUCACUAAGCUUUUUUUUAAAAAAAAUACAGAUUUUAUGCAAGCCCGCAUGAUGAGUUUCAGAUAUUUUUCAGAUCCUUAAAACUGCAUUUCAGUAAAAUGUGGAACUAAGAGCAAGAAAGGAAUAAACUAUUGCAAACAGUAUUAUCCCAUCAAACUCAUAUUUGAAAUAGAUUGGUUUACAAUUGUCCUAAUUUUUCAAAAAGCAUGAUUAUGCAUACGGGUCUGUCUUGCCCCCAUUGGUGCAAGGACCGUAGGGGCAAGGUAACUUUAAUAUAAUGGUGUAAAGGGUGUCCUGCCAUUAGAUUUUGUUUUUUCCCACUUGCUCUGAUAGAGCUGCAGAAAACUGAGAUAUAACUCUGACGAUGGAGCCUCACCCCGUUCCCAUCCUGCCUUGCCUUAGUGUGAAGCUGGGAGGUUCUGUUCUUUGGGGAGGUGGUUUUGCUGUUUAACGUAGCCUUUACAAGGAGACAGGGCAGGCAAGGCACGUGUACGCUCUUCAGUGCCGUUGCUGACAGGGUUGGCUCCCCGGGAAGAAAGGGAAGGGAAAUGUGUGAGUAGCCCUUCCACCUGGGAUCUUAUUUUUCCAGGUGGCGAAGUUCUGAGGAUAAUGAUGAAGAGUCCUUGUUGGGACAUAGUUAGCACUGAAGACCCAGAUAGGUCUUCUUUUUGAGUGGCUUCAAAUUAUUUCACUCAAGUUGCUUUUAUGGAAGGUGGACUCCUUAGGACCACAUUAUGACCCAGAUGGGAUUAAGAACUGGGGCUCUUUUAGUCAGGAAGAAUGGCAUGCUUUUCAACCAGACUCAGCGGUCAUCAGUUUGACCCCAGAUUUCUCCCCAUGAUUAAUACCUUAUUCCACAGGUAUCAGGAGGUGUUUCCCUUUCUCCACAACCCACGGCCAUUUGACAAAAUUCAGCCUUUCAGACAGUUAUAUUUUUAUUGUACACUUUUUUUUUUUUU